AUGGCACCAUUAGUACCAGCGUUGGCGCAGAGCGAAAGCAAGGCCAGAUUUUUUGCGCGCCUGGGUCUGAACCCUGCGGACUCGGUUCACAAAAGAGUGUAUGCCUUGAUGAAGAUGGAAGCCGCAGAGGCACGACGGCGCCUGAUGCAGAGCCAAAUCAGCAGUACCGCCCAGAUCCACGAGAUUACCUGGCAACGAGAGGUGAUGCGCAUCUACGAAUUGGCGCGGAUCGAGACCAAGGCUGUCUACCAGUUUGGCCACGACACAACGGAUCGCGAGAUACCGGACAACUGGAUCAUCAGAUGGUACGCCAAGAAAAAGCUACUAUGGCACGUGUUCAGGUAUCGAGAUUAUCGCAACAAAGGCCGGCCACCAACUCUCACACCAACGACGUCAGUAUCCAGCGAUGAUGAAGAUGCUACAAGUCGUAGUCCCGCUUCCGUAACUGUAGACCCCGAUGACGUUCCCGACCCAGAUGCCGACGCUGGUCCUGCAUCAGGUUCAAGCGCUCCUGCAACGAACGCAAGUAGCGCGAGUCAAUAUUGGGACCCGGUUAGAGAGCAGUGGCGGAAGUGA